UCAGAUACACACUAUUUGUUAUUCUGCAUUUGUUGACAUUCGCCAUACCGCAAUGGAUGUUAAUAUCCAUAUUCACAAUAAGGGAUCACAUAUUCUACACUUUUAUCUGUUUCUUUGGUUCACUUCUGCUGUUGACUCUCAUCCAUUUGGUUGAUACGCUAAAGUACAAAUGGCCCUACAACUGGUUGGCCAUUGGGAGCUGCUAUGAACUGAUGACUUUUGGCUUGGGCACAUUUGUGAUGAACACAAAUCUGAAUGCUAUUAUGACGGCUGUAUCGAUGGCACUGUUGAUCUUUGGUUUUGUGCUCGUAAUCUGUUUCUUCAUCAUUGGCGGAUUCAAUUAUCCCAAUCCUUAUAAGAUGGCAUCCCUGGCAGCACUGGGCUUGAUUCUGGUCAUUUGUGUGAUAGCUGCUGGUACUUUGUAUCGUUGGGAGCAUUGGAUGGAGCUGGCUCUAGUUCUAUUUAUAGCAAGUGUCCUUAUUCUGAUGAUAUCCUAUGUGCUGAUCUCAUUUAAGAAUCUGGAUAUACUAAUUAAAGCUGAUACACUGCUGCUGGGAUUUGUGCUUUAUAUGAACUAUGUGCUCAUUUUGGUGGCCUGUUUCAUUUGUAUCCAACGGUUCGACUACAAUUCUGAUAUGAAACCCGGCCAAAAGGCCUCACCUUGUGUCUGACGUGUUGGCAUGCAAGGUAGCGUCUCAAUAACGCAUCGAAGAUGCCCCACAGAUGGGCUUUCAAUAUACUAUGUACCUACAUAUGUAUGAGCAAUCAUAUAUGGUGAGAAAUGAUUCAUUCGCCUGUAGCGACCUCUCUUCCCACUCCCUCCCUUUACUCCUCUCGUUUCCCCUCCCGCUGUACGCAGUAGCCUCAAUCACGUCGCAUUCUCAGCGGGUUCUGUAUCCGUUGCUGUUGAAUCAUUUGACGCUGAGUACGUGACAUUUGUUUCGAUCUCAAAGUGAAUUCUUUUAAAUAUUAUAGACUAUCCUUAUUUGUCAAAGAUGAUAUUAAAGUUCUGUUAUCUUAUAUUUUCUAUACAUAUACAAAUAUUGUUAAAUUUCA